UUCCCUCCUGGAAUCCCAGCAUCUGCCGAGUCAUCAGUAGUGAGUUAGGGUGUCAUGGCCGCCGGGUUCCGGACAUGCAGAAAUCACCCCUCAUAGUGCUUCCCCCAGCCAACCACUUGCAAACACACACACGUAGGAGGAGGAGCAGGAGAAGGCGCAAGGGUGAUAAUGAUAACCACAUCCUAUAUGAACGGUCACAUGACUGAGUCAGACGGAAGAGGAGGAGUUGAGGCCAACCAGGAGGAGCCCCAGCAGUGGCACAGGGAGAUGGCGGUGGACUGCCCGGAGGACCUGGGUGCCCGUACCCUGCCUGUGAGGCGCUCUGCCCAGCUGGAGAGGAUCCGUCAGCACCAGGAAGACCUGAGGAGGAGGAAGGAGGAGGAGGGCAGGAACAGACAGGAGCUGGAUCUGACUGCCUCCAUACGGCUCAAGAAGCUGUCUCAGAACCCCAAGGUGGGCAUCGAUAACCCCACCUUCGACCCCAUCGAGGGCCCUGGAGGGCCACUGGGACUGCCACCCAACCUGGGGGCCCCCACUCUACUGGAGUUGGAGGAGCUGCUGAUGUCCCUGAAGCAGGUGCAGCACUGCCUGUCUGACGGCCAGAGUCAGGAGGACGUGGAGCUGGUGCUGCAGCUGGUCCAGAAGACUGACUUCCAGAAGGCCUUCAACAUCCACAACGCUGUGGCCCAGCACAUGAACAGGCCCAGCCCGCCCUUCCCACACACAGACCGUGCUCAGGGCCUGGCACACGAGGUGAGUCAGUCUAUGGUUCAUAACAGCCAACACAAGGAAGGUUUGGAGCUCAACACCCUGCUCUCCUCACCACAUAUCCAGGCGGUGCUUCUGGCCCAUGACUGUGUUGCGGAGCAGGAGAUGCAGAUGGAGCCCCUGACCCCUGACCCCUGUGAGGCUCUCACCCAGUGGGGAGGGGAGACUGUCAAGAUAGUCCGCAUGGAGAAGGCCAGGGACAUCCCACUGGGUGCGACAGUGCGUAACGACAUGGAUACCGUGGUAAUAAGCCGCAUCGUGAAGGGCGGGGCGGCGGAGCGCAGCGGGCUGCUGCAUGAAGGAGACGAGGUUCUGGAGAUCAACGGAGUGGAGAUCAGAGGGAAGGACGUCAACGAGGUCUUCGACAUCCUGGCCGAAAUGCACGGCACCCUGACCUUCAUCCUUAUCCCCAGCUCACAGAACAAACCCCCACCCAUCAAAGAGACUGUGGUCCAUGUGAAGGCUCACUUUGACUACGACCCGUCUGAUGACCACGUGCCGUGCAGGGAACUGGGCCUGUGCUUAGAAGGAGAUAUCCUCCACAUCAUUAGCCAGGGACCCAACUGGUGGCAGGCCUACAGGGACGGAGACAGGCAACCAGCCCUGGCCGGGCUAGUACCAGGCAAGAGCUUCCAGCAGCAGAGAGAGGCCAUGAAGCAGACCAUAGAAGAGGAUAAAGAGCCUGAGAAGUCGGGAAAGCUGUGGUGUGCUAAGAAGAACAAGAAGAAGAGGAAGAAGCUCCUUUACAACGUCAAGCAGAAUGAUGACAACGACAGUGAGGAGAUCCUGACCUAUGAGGAGAUGGCGCUCUACCACCAGCCAGCCAAUCGAAAGCGACCCAUCGCCCUGAUUGGUCCUCCCAACUGUGGGCAGAACGACUUGAGACAGAGACUGCUGUCCAGCCAGCCAGACAGAUUUGGGGGAGCUGUCCCACACACGACGCGGAACAYGCGUGAUGUGGAGGUGAGUGGGAGAGACUACCACUUUGUCUCCCGCCAGGCCUUUGACAUGGACGCCACUGCGGGGAAGUUCAUUGAGUCGGGAGAGUUUGAGAAGAACCUGUACGGAACCAGCACCGACUCUGUCCGCCAACUCAUCAACACGGGCAAGAUCUGCCUGCUCUGUCUGCACACACAGUCGUUGAAGACUCUGCGUAGCUCGGAUCUGAAGCCUUACAUUAUCUUCAUCGCUCCUCCCUCCCAAGAACGGUUGCGAGCCCUCCUGACCAAAGAGAGCAAGAACCCAAAGCCAGAGGAGCUGCGUGACAUCAUCGAGAAGGCCCGUGAGAUGGAGCAGAACUUUGGCCACCUGUUUGAUGCAGCCAUCGUGAACACAGACCAGGACAAGGCCUAUCAGGAGCUGCUGAGGCUGAUCAACAAACUGGACACAGAGCCACAAUGGGUCCCCUCCUCCUGGCUACGCUAAGGGCCGGGGCAGUAUAACACACCCACAGUGCUAACCCUGACUAGAGCCCUGUAAAAUCUGCAAUGCACAGAAAGUGAACGGAAUCACAGAAAUCAAUACAUUGAAACAUAAUUCAAUAUGCUAACAUUUAUUGAACUUUGUAGGCAAUCAACUAAAUGUAUUGAAAAUGUAUUCAUUUUCCCAAGUUUAUCAUAAGACAUGAACAGAAUGCAUCAGUGAUUCUUAUUUCCUGCGAGUUUCUGAAUAAGCAAAGAGAAUUCCUCGUCUGUAUGUGCAGUGCGUGCGUUUACCACUUUGUGUAGCCGUUAGCGAUGAUGCUAAUGAAAAGUCUUCUAGUAGAUGGAAAGGCUUUCACAAAAACCUUCAGUUAAAUGUUAACUAUAAAGUAGCCUAUGCUGACCUAGCAGAAUUAUAUUAUUUGCAUCAAUCCAGUGGGUAUUUGUGUACAAAAACACUGCUAAACAACAGCCUCUUGCUAGCACUGGAAUUAAAGGGUAACUACACCUGAAAAUAAACAUAAAAAAAAAAAAAAUCCUAGACAUCAAAAGGGGUCUCUCGAUGUGGUUUGCGCAUUGUUGUGGACUUAGAACAUCCAAUUUAGUUGUUUUCUAUUUUAAAAGUGUGAUUUUGAGAGUGAAAACCUGAAAAAACAAGGGGAAACGGAAAUCUGGAAAAACAAAAUGGAUAGGGCCCUACCUGACACACACACACCGCUGAAGAUUUGUCUUGUUUCAAUUCUCCAACCACAAUCACUGUGUGAGACUGGAGGUAGAUCCUCAAUCACCACAAGCUGAAGAUGAAUGAAACAUUUACAGCUUAUCACUAUUAUGCUGAACUGAACUCUUCUAUUCACUUCUGAGACUACCUGGGGAAAUUCAUUUCAGUUAUUUUGCUCUGAUAAUUUGUCCUUUUUUCCCCUUUUUUGUUUCUGUAUUUCUCUUCACUAAAUUAACUAUUCACAUUCCAGGUAAGAAGUAUGUAAAGACUUGGCACUUGUGGCAGAAAUAUAAUUAAUGCUUCUAUCCUUUUGAUAAUUAUUUAUAAUUGUAAAUAUAUUGUAUUUUAAAUAAGUUUUCAAAGAUGAGAAGAAGAACCCAUAGCUUCUAUGUAUGACAUAUUAUUAUCCAGUCAGUGAAUGUCUCUCCUACACAGAGGUUGUUGUACCCAUGCUCUGUCUGUGUGUGAGGUCAGGUGUGUGUGUGUUCUCUAAUGUCGAACUGACAUCACUCAGCCAUAGUCUUGAGUGUUGGCAGUAAGGUGCCUCUGAUCUCUAACAUAGCAGAUGGGAAUGGGAUUAGGCUACUACAAGUAUCAUCAUGGAUGGGAUUUGUUCACCCAAUGAAACUAUCUGUGAGGUGAUAACACCCAGGUGUAGGAUUACAUUAUCUCAGCAUCUGGGAUCUCUUUCCACUGCAGCAGCCCUGGGUUCAAAUACAAUUUGAAUCAUUUCUAAUACUUUAGCUGUGCUUGAUUGAACAAUAGAAUAGUCCCACAAGUGCAAACCCUACCGCCAUCUGGCACUCCAGGUAGAUGAAAGCAAAACCUGAAAGUAUUUCAAUUAUUUCAAAUGCUAUUUGAACCCAAGUCAGCACUACCCUACAGCACAGCACAAUGCUGGAGGUUUAUCUAACUGGUGUUUUGACAUCACAAUAAUUAGUUCUGAGAGGUGCUUAAGAGUCACUGCCUCAUUCUAAUCUACUUGCUUUAUACCCUUUUCAAACUAUCGUGCCAAUCAACACUACUGUGCUGGCUCUGAUAUUUUCUUUUCACAUUGUCCCUCCAGCAUGGUCUCAGAAACUAUGGUGGGUCGUAAUCAGGCCAGUUCUGCUCAUUUUGGAUCGGCUCAGUACUAGAGGAUAAUAAACUAGCCCUAACCCCACCUCUCACCUCUACCCAGCACUAUAGGGUGUAUUUAUUACAUUUUGCAACAGAAACCAUUUACCGUUUUAAGAACCAAACUGAAGCAAAUGGUACUAAAUGGGGAGGGACCUACCUGAAUUUGUGCAAUAGACAUUUUGUCGUUACAAAGCGUUUUCCGUUUGUAGUAAAUGGUUUCUGUUGCUAAAUGCUUUGCAACGGACUAAACAUUUUACAACAGAAUCGGCGUAAAUAAUAUACCCCUGGUCAUAACUAAAUACAAAAAACUGUCCUGUCCAGAAUCACAGGAUUUAAACCAACAUUGAUGAUAAUGAAGAAAGAUUAUUAGAGGUGUUUAAAAGUUUUGACACUAAACCCCCCUGGGGUAGCUUUUGUUUUAUCUCAGUAUUCAUCAUGCAUAGUUCCUGUGCUACUCUGUAGGAGUGUAACCAUAGUGAAUGUAACCAGCACUAUUCUAUUCACAGAAAACACUAAAGAAUAUCUGAGCACCGCUGUCUGUGGGAUUAUCUUAAUUAUCAAUACUUUGUUUGAAAUCAAUGCAUUUUCUAAUUCACUGAGAUUCAUUAUGAACGAUCCAUCUAUGCUGUAUUGUUAAUCUGAUGGUUUUCACCACAGGUGAUAUUUUAAAUGUGUGUUUUUGUUUUCAGAGCUGUUAUUGAAAUGGGUCUGGGAAAUGAACUUGAACGAACCGAUAAGCCUAAAUACGGGGAAAAAAUAGCCUACAAUUUCAUAAAAAUUGUUUGUAUGUUUGUUGUUGCAUGUGGUGAUGGUAUGUUCAUGGGUUGGAGCUCACUCCCGUGUGUGUGUGUGAGCGCGCAGAGGCAGGACUCACUUAAAUGCAUGCAAGUAUUAUCUCUAGUAGACACAAUGGGGAAACAGUCUUAACAAAGACCUGUUUCACAUAUUAUAACAGCAUUUUCAUUUUAAUGUGGGUUAUUAUUGAUGAUAUUGUGGUGUCUAGAUAUUUGACAUUGAUAUAUGUGUAAUGUUAAAAAUUGAUGUAUUAUGUACAAAGUAAUGCACUUGUAGAAUGAUCACUCUGCCACCCUUCCCUCCCUAUUGCUUCUGGAACCAGAACUGAGGUUUACGUAGAGUUCUGCUGGUACUGUCUCCAUGACCCGCUCAAUUCAAGCCUGAUCCCAGAUCUGUGUUCUACCCAACUCCUCUGACUACUUCUGUCAUGUAUGCCAUAGUCAGAGGAGUUUGUAACAAAUGGAUUUAUUCAGUGUCUCAGAGUUGGAGUACUGAUCUAGGAUCAGGUCAUCCCUGUCCAUAUAAUAUUAUUCAUUAUGUUAUCUCUUCAGUCUGUGCAGUACACACCGUGUGUAGAUGUUGAGCUGUUAAUUGGAAGUAGAGUUAUUGAAUGUAAGGUUACUAUAUUAUUAAAAAAACUGUUUUUAUUUCUGUAGAUCUGUUUUUGUAGAAAUUAUUCAUGUGAAUUAAAGACCAGAUUGAUAGAA